AAGUUGUAGGUUAUGUCGGCGGUGAAAUUCCGCUGUUGGCGCGCGCGCAAAUCUAUGUCUCGCGCUCUCGCGCGCUACAGACAGAGCAGUGUUGUCUCGAGCUCGCCGUGAGCGGACUAUUACCGAGGCUCCUGACGGCGGAGGGAGGGACGCGCGGUCCGGAUGCUCCUUCGCGGGGAGCAAAGCAACACAUCGGCGACUGCGACGCGGUGCCAAAUGUUUCCAGUUCGCUCUCUGCGUCCGUUUCCCGCAGGAUGCCGUUUGGUAAAAAAUGCGCAUAUGAAAUAAACGUGGGUGGGAUCCCUUCUGCGUUGGCCACCGGAUCUACUGCCGUUGAAACGCGGGUCUGCGUUGGGAGAAACGCUGGAAAAUUGAUCUGUAUGCCGGCCAAAGUGGACGGGAGGUUUCCGCGCCGGCGUGAAUAGACGCUUUGUCCUUUUUGCGUCUGUUUCCACGUCUUCUUGAGAGGAUUCUAAUCGUUUUUUCCCUCCUCAGAUGGUCUCGUUUUCGUGUUUGUCCACCGCGCACGACGAUAUCCGAUACUGUUUUUACCUCGCAGUGCCAUGUUUUCUUGAGGCGAAAAGUCUGACUGGACCACCUUCAGAAGUAAACCGUCAACAUUUCUGGAUUCCUCCACCGUUUUUUCCCGUUCUAACGGUGUUUUGGGAAGCUAUCGUUCACGUUUCGGAUUAAAUACACGCUAAACGGAAAGUCUGUUUGGGAAUUUCAAAAGAUCGUUUGAAUCGAGUCAGCCGUUUGGAAUGAAGAACCGUUAAGAAGCCGUUAAAAUAUUUCGCGGCACAUUUGGAUUCGAAUUCCUGGUCUUUAUUCGUUUUAUACGUAUCCUGCAACACAUUCAUCCGAGUGAGCGUAUUGUUUCGAGACUCUGGACCCAGAGGAGGUGGUUUUGACAUCUAUCUGAAGAUCCCGGACAUUUCUGUGCUGCUCUGAACUUGAGGCGUUUGGAUGCUCCAGGACGGAGGUGGCAUCACUCCAGUUACCCAGAAGCCCUUGAAACGAGGAGAGAUGCCCUUUUGAGAUGACUGACACCGGAACAAACUUCAUAUCUGGUUUAGGCAGCUGAUGAAUCAUGGAGAGGCUGGUGUUUUACGUGCUGGUGUUCGGGGCGCUGGUGAAGGCUCAGCACUGCCCGGGCCGCUGCAUCUGUCAGACCAUCUCGCCCACGCUCACCCUGCUCUGCGCCAAAACCGGCCUGCUCUUCGUGCCGCCCACCAUCGACCGCAAGACCGUCGAGCUGCGCCUGACCGACAACUUCAUCACGGCGGUGCGCCGGAAAGACUUCCUGAACAUGACCAGCCUGGUGCACCUGACGCUGUCCCGCAACACCAUCAGCCAGAUCGCCCCGCACGCUUUCCUCGGCCUGAAGGCCCUGAGAGCGCUGCACAUGGACGGCAACCGGCUGACGGUCAUCAACAGCGACCAGCUGAAGGGGCUGAUCAACCUCAGGCACCUGAUCCUGGGAAACAAUCAGAUCCACGGCAUCGAGUCGUCCUCCUUCGACGAGUUCGUCUCCACCAUCGAGGACCUGGACCUGUCCUACAACAACCUGAGGACGCUGCCGUGGGAAGCCAUCGCCCGGAUGACCAACAUCAACACCCUGACCCUCGACCACAACCUGAUCGACCACAUCGGCGCCGGCACCUUCACGCUGCUGACCAAGCUGGUGCGUCUGGACAUGACGUCCAACCGCCUGCAGACUCUUCCGCCGGACACUCUGUUCCAGCAGGCGCAGGUGCUGUCCGAGCCCCGGGCGUCCGGCUCGUCCCGCCUGGCGGUCAGCUUCGGGGGGAACCCGCUGCACUGUAACUGUGAGCUGCUCUGGCUGCGGAGGCUGACCCGGGAGGACGACCUGGAGACCUGCGCUUCUCCGGAGCACCUCAUGGACAAGUACUUCUGGUCCAUUCAGGAGGAGGAGUUCAUCUGCGAGCCGCCGCUCAUCACCAAACACCAGGUCACCAAGCCGUACGUGAUGGAGGGUCAGGGGGUGACUCUGAAGUGCAAGGCGAUGGGUGACCCCGACCCCGCCAUCCACUGGCGCUUCCCCGACGGCAAACUGGUGCACAAUAACUCCCGCACCAUCCUCUACGACAACGGCACGCUGGACAUCCUGAUCACCACGCUCAAGGACAGCGGCGCCUUCAACUGCGUGGCCUCCAACGCGGCCGGCAUCGCCACGGCGGCCGUGGAGGUCAGCAUGAUCCCGCUGCCGCUCUUCGUCAACAACUCAGGCCACAUGAGGGAGGCCGACCCGGGGCUGUCCGACAUCACCACCUCCACCAAGUCCGGCAGCAACGACACCAAGCCUCAGAACAAGAGGGUGGUGGUGGAGAACCUGACCGCCAACUCGGCCGUCAUCCACUGGCCGUCCGAGCGCCACAUCCCCGGGAUCAGAAUGUACCAGAUCCAGUACAACAGCACCGUAGACGACACCCUGGUGUACAGGAUGAUCCCGUCGGCCAGCAAGACGUUCAGGAUCAACGACCUGGCGGCGGGCCGCGAGUACGAGCUGUGCGUGUUAGCGGUGUACGACGACGGCAUCACGUCCCUGACGGCCACGCGCGUGGUGGGCUGCGUCCAGUUCCACACGGGCCCCGAGGCCGGCCAGUGCCGCUUCAUCCCCAGCCAGUUCCUGGGCGGCACCAUGAUCAUCAUCAUCGGCGGCAUCAUCGUGGCCUCCGUCCUCGUCUUCAUCAUCAUCCUCAUGAUCCGCUACAAGGCCUACGGCGGCGCCGACGCGGCCAAAGCCAAAGCGGGAGGAGACUCCGGCGUCAACGCGCACUCGCAGACCAACGGGAGCCGCCCGGGACGCUCCGGUUCGAAGCAGGACGAGUCGCCCGGGAAGGGCCCGGUGCUCCUGAAGAUGGAGGAGAUGCAAGAGGAGCUCAAAGUGCAGCUUCCGUCGGCGGCGGCGGUGGUUCCUCCGCCGGCGUCGUCUCGGAGAGCCAGUCUGGGCGACGAGACGCAGACGGACAGCAGCCUCACGGGCUCCACCAUGUCCCUCUGUCUGAUCGGCCCCGGGGCCAACCCGGCCGAGCCCCCGCGGAAGGGGCCCCUGGCGAACAUGGGGCUCCUGCCCAGCGAACUGGCCCGGACUCGGCACCGCUUCUCCUUCGACGGAGACUAUGCUCUGUUCCAGAGCCACAGUUACCCUCGACGGGCUCGAACCCGCCGCCACAAAUCCACCACCCAGCUCAACACAGACGUGUCUCCACCCUGCAGCCGGAGGGUGACCUUCAGCAGCACGGAGUGGAUGCUAGAGAGCACGGUGUGACCGACUCACACACACACACACACACACACACACACUGUCUACAUAGUGACGUUUGUCGCAGUAACACACACUCCGUCGAUUCCUGUGUCCGAACGCCAAGCUCUGCGGACGAACCUAGCGAGCUGCCUGCUUAGCGGUUGAAG